AUGAACGCCCUGCUGUGCCUUCGCAAAACGUCGGCCCCUGGCCCUUCAGCCCCAGGUCUACAGCGUCAGAACCGGAAGACGUCACUCGUACGUACGGUGCAUGAUGUAUUCCGCUCGAUCGUUUCUACCCAACCGCCGAUGCCGUGCCGAGUUGCCGUCACCGAUUUGAAUGAAACCACAACACUCCAGAUACGCUUCACCGCAUUUCAGGGAUGUCAUAGAUACGCCAGAUUCCGGCUUGGCAAUGGAUCCCAGGCUUACGUUGAGGUGCUUUUCAGUCUUGCCGAUGGCGCAACGACAGUGCUGUCAGCCGACGGACGUCACCUAGAAGGCAGCACCCUCCAAGCCCAUCUCCGCCCCAACAGCCCGCAACUCAUCGACUUCGCCCAAAGAGCUAAUUUUGUAAAUAUCUACCUCGACGAAUCGUUACUCUGCCGUCUCCGCCUCGAUUUGAAAGGCUUGGCCCUCUCUUGUUUGAAUGUUUAUGGGGACGUGAAUGUGGAUGAGGUCAGCACAGUAACCAACCAGCGGGAGCAGAUGCAGGCAUUGUUUCGAAGUGGCCGCAAAACGUUCGAU